GCAUCACAUCAAUGUUUCCGGACUGAGGGGAAGUCAGGAUUUUUUUUUCUUUGCACAACUACAGGGGAGUCUGGAGAAGAAGUCAUAGCGGCCGGUGCCCGGUAUCAUCUGGACGCAACAUCUGGGAGAAGAGAAGCGCAGCGUCUGGACGCGUUGGGAAGCGCCUGUCUCUACAGCAGCAGCCAGUACUGGAGAAGAAAUAGCAACGUUUUGUGAAGAUGCCUGUCCCUCCUCCCCCUCCACCUCCUCCACCACCAACAUUUGCACAGGCAAAUACAGAGAAACCUUCGUUAAACAGAUCAGAGCUAUCAAGCAGGAAUGCUCUCCUCUCGGAUAUUAACAAAGGGAGAAAAUUGAAGAAAGCUGUAACCAAUGACAGGAGUGGUCCUGUUUUUGAGAAACCCAAAUCUUCUCCUGGAGGUGGAGGCGGUGGCGGAGGAGGUGGAGGUGGAGGCGGUGGCGGAGGUGUUGGUGGCGGAGGAGGGGGUGGAGGAUUUGGGGGGCCACCUGGUUUAGGAGGAUUGUUCCAAGGAGGAAUGCCAAAGCUUCGAUCUGCAGGAUCCAGGGAAAACGACUCAGGGGGAAGCAGACCACCAAUGUUGCCACCUGGUGGAAGAACUUCAUCACCGAGACCAUUUACACCACCAGGUGGAAGUCCAAGAGGCCCAGCACCCCCUACAGGUAAUAGGGGUAAUGUUCCAGACAUUCCAAGAAACCGUAUGCCUCCACCAAGAAAUGAUUUCAGUUCCAGAGCAGAUAAUACAACUCCUGCAGUCCCCAAUAUGCCCAAGCCAAUCUCUUCAAGUUUACACAACAGAGGCCCACCACCAGUGCCAGGAGGAAAUACAAAUAAUACAAGUCCUGCAGUCCCCAAUAUGCCCAAGCCAAUCUCUUCAAAUUUACACAACAGAGGCCCACCACCAGUGCCAGGAGGAAAUAGGUUAAGUCCAGCGGUGUCUCCUUCAACUGUAACACCAUCCAGACCACAGGGAUUUGGAGGAGUCAAACAGCAAGCAUCAACACCCCCACCAGUUCCUUCCAUGAACAGGUCACCACUUCCUUUAACUCCUUCCCGGUCACCAGAGGACAGACCUCCACCACCACCUCCAAUGACAAACAGGCCAUUACUCAACAGAGAUGUCCCCCCACUUCCACCACCUCAGAAUAAUAAGCCUCCUGUUCCUUCAACACCAAGACCAAUCUCUGGAUCACAGGCUCCACCUUUGCCCCCAGGACGACCAGGACCUCCUCCACUUCCUCCUACGCCCAGUGCCAUGGAAGAUGCACUAAGGCCUCCACAACGUCAUUUGUCUUUACCUGGCGCUCCUCCACCUGCAUUAUCUCCUACAAGAUCUGGUCCCCCUCCUCCUCCCCCACCUAAUGAAAGACCCCCACCUCCUGUUAGAGACCCACCUUCCAGAUCAGGGCAACUUCCCCCUCCCCCUCCUACAACUAGAAAUGGUUUCAGCCCUCGAACUUCUCUAGGUCCCCAGCCACCAUCAAGAGUUGGGUCUGAAAGAGGUGUAUCAAGACCUCCACCACCUCCAGAAAGGCCAGUGGGUUCUUUACCUCCACCUCCUCCACCAUCCAUGGUUAGAAAUGGUUUUCAAGAUUCAUCUUUUGAAGAUGAUUGGGAGAGACGAUUCUCCUUCCAUCCAUUGUCUGAUUUACCACCACCAGAGCCUUUUGUGCCAUCACAUAAAACAUACCCCAGUGCCCUUGUUAGAGGAGAAAGCAGAAGUGGAUCUGUCAGGAAAGAAAGAGGGGCCCCUCCUUUACCUCCCAUACCGAGGUGAACUGGCUUUUAUCAUCCAACAGAUACCUGCUUUGGGUUAUCUGAUAUUUUUCAGGUGCUGAAUAUGUUGGAAUCUUAUCCUAAAACAGGCAUAAACAGCAAGGAACCGUAUAGAUAUUCUGAAGCCACCAAUUCAAAUGGAACUGCAUCAAUGAAUUGCCAUUAAUAACAGCCAAAACCCUGCUGUUAUUGAGAGCAUUAAAAACUAUUACAAAGCCAGAAAAAAAGAGUGAUAUUAUGUUUUGGGCCCUAUACCUUAUCAGGAGAUUGCACUGUUUAUAACAAUUGCCGCAUGAAAAAAAGGACCUUCCUCAUGUUUUAAUACACAUGUAAAACAUUAAGGUGAAACCAAAUUGGUAGUGGCUGAGAUUUUAUGAUAUUAAAGGGUUAUAAAAUAA